CUCCCUCCCUCAUUUUGGCCACCGCAGCGCCGCCGCUGCUCUGGCCCCUGCCGCUUCACUCCUAGCAAAUCCGCGGACGCACGAUCAUGGAUGGAACUCGAUCAGGCGUCAAGGAGAACUCCGAAAGAGAGUCGAGGCUGAAGCGACACGCCGACGAUCACACAGCUCCUUCUUUUACCUGCUCGACUUACCAGGGCCACCUGCCUCCAGGCCCGACGGAGCGGUGCAGUUCGAGCACAGGCAGGACCGUCCGAACGCUAGAGAGCUCGACCGACAGCCCACUCUUCACAAUUUCACCUGACAUCUGCGCGAGGCACGGCAGCGGAGGUGGCACAGAAAGCUCAAAAAGCUCGCACAGAGACAGAGGACACAAGGCCAAACAAGAGGACGAGCACGCUCAGCGCGACAAACAAGCGGAGCGAGUGAGCGAAGCACCGCGAGAUGAAGGAAUGAUAAGCCUACCCUCCUGCCAGGGUAUCCUGCACCGCAGCGGCGGGCAGGGCACCCGAGGCCAGUGACCUGGCAAGGAGGCCAAAAGGCAGAGCCAAAAAGGCAGCGAUGCCAAGAGUUGGAUCGCAUACGCGGCUGGGCCCCUGCGCGGAGCACCCAGGAGGUCACGCUGCAUGCACAGUAGGGGCUGGACCACAAGAAGCCGUCCACAAGAAAUCCAACCCUGAGACCCCAGGGAACGUCCGACGGCGUCCGCGCUUGUGUCUGGCUUCCUGACGGACGGCCAAGAAAAAGGUUUAGCGACCACGAGCGGUGCGCGCGUCAGCCCGCGCAGGCUGCGCCGUGCACGCGGAAGUGUACGUGCUGGCUAAGAAAAAAAGGCUUCGUCGGCUUAAAUAGUGGACCGGUCCGGACGUGGACCGGCUGAGCGGCAAAAGCCCCUCGCCGUAGCUGCGGCGAGGAGGGCCCCCCUGGAGGCCAGGAAGGCGCGAAGAUCCACGCGCAGUCGUCAUGGCGGUCCCGUCGGCGAGACCGUCGCAGCCUUCCGCACAGGUCGAGCCUCCGCGUCGAUGGCAGCGUCAAGCUUGCAAUCGUUGCCGCCGACGGACCAUCCCCCCAGGUUGCAACGCGAGACGGCUCCGCGGGCUGCAACGCCGGAGCGAUCGGUUGGAAAAAAACGGGUGGGCAGUGGAGCGCCGAGCGCCGAGCGCCAGAGAGGUGCAGGGCGGGACGGCAGACGGGCGCAGUGCCCGCCGACGCCCGCCGGCACGACGGGCAGACCCGCUUCUGCGGAGCCCUCGGGGCACGCCGCCGGGCGCGCGCGCACGGCUCGCACUCGGCAGUCCGUUCCGCUCGUCCCCCCAGCCACCAUCCCCCCCCGCCACUGGGCCAGAGGUGCGGCCGCGCGCAGGAUCUGAUCCGAAGAACUGCGCAGCAACUCCUCCGAGGCCACCGGGCGUGGCGGAUGGACGCUUCCUCCCCGCACGUCUACCCUGGGGAAGCCAUGUGACGGUUUGCACUGGGGAGGAAGAACAAAGCGGCGGCAGGAACGACAGGAGGUGGCA